AUGUACGACUUCCCCACCCAAGGACCGCCCGGCAUGGCUUCGGAUAUAAAGCAGCUUAUGCGGGAGGAGAGGAGGGACUCCCAAGAAGAUUCGCAAGAACCGACUUUCGAGGGCACUGAGAAGCGCAUCGAGAUUGACUUCGUCUGGAGCGGUGAGAAGGCCGACCUGGGAGCCCGGGCGAUAUCGAGAUCUAUGUGGGAUAAGAUACUUGCACUGUGCGAGUGUACUAUAGUCUCGCAUAAGGCAUUGAAGCGAUUGGAUGCGUAUAUACUGUCAGAGAGCUCGCUGUUUGUGUGUGCAGAUAAGAUCAUCAUUAAGACGUGCGGCACCACUCUACUACUACAAGGCUUGCGGACUCUACUCGACCAUGCAGUAAACGAGUUAGGCCUCGAACUCGAAUGGUUAUUCUACUCCAGGAAGAGCUUCCUUUUCCCGGAGUUCCAGCGGGGGGUUCACGGCUCGUUGGAAGAUGAGGUAUCGGUAUUACGUGAGGUGUGUAAAGACUUUGGAUGUUCGACUGGAAAUGCAUAUGUGUUGGGGCCGUUGAAUGGCGAUCAUUGGAUUAUGUGGAAUGCGGAUUUCAAGGAAGUUGAUUCGAAUUAUAGAUACGACCACAACUUGGAUAUAAUGAUGUAUGAUUUGCCGGAUGACGUACGGUCGAAGUUCUUCAGCUCGAGUGCGUCCGGUACUGUUGCUGAUGGCAUGUCGGAGGAGUCGGGCAUUUGUGAUAUUUACCCGGGAGCUGUGGUAGAUGCGAUUAACUUCACUCCCUGCGGUUAUUCGUGCAACGCCUCCCUAGACGACGGCGAGUCCUUCUUUACGAUACACGUUACGCCCGAGGAGUCCUGUUCCUAUGCAAGCUUCGAGACGAAUGUGCGAUGUUCGAGUGAGAUAUUAGUGGAAACGAUUCGUCGAGCAGUUGCUGUGUUCAAGCCUGGAAGGUUCUCUCUCACUCAUGUAGCCGAUAACGGUAUCAUCAAGGAGCUCAGGGGCAAAGACAACUUGGGAAUUUUACCAUACGAGCACGGGGUGUUCGAUACGGAUUACAAGGUUAAGGCAACAUCCACUUACCGCUGGGAGUUGGAUUACCAAGCAAGUGUAUCUUCUUAUGUUUCGCGUCGUUCGUUAUCGCCAUCGAAAACAGUGUCGACAAUAGCAAGCCCUCGUACUGUGUCGUCAGAGUAUUGAUAGAAUGGUCAUUGGCAACUGUUACUG